AUGGAGCAUCAGAGGUCGAAAUCCAUGGAGAUAGAGCCCACCAUCUGGCAGUCCGCGCGCCUGCAGGCCACCGGCAGCGACGAGCUGGGGCAGUCCUGCAGGGUGUACUGCCCGCCGGCGACGGGGAGGGUCCCCUUCGAGUGGGAGGACGAGCCAGGGAAGCCCAAGGGCUCCGCCAGGUUGGACGUCGUCCCGCCACUCUGCCCCUCGCCGGCCAUGCAGAGCGCACGGCUCACUGACCGGCACAGCCCAAGGCGCAAGAGCAAGCAGAGCGCUGGGACGGCGGCUGGUGGUUUCGAAGGCUGCAUUCCGCUGAGGUUCCACUUGGGCAGGGCGAUGAAGAGGUGGGUGUAA